AGCUUAUUUAAUCUCCCAACAACAGCCAGCUAGCCACGAUGGGCAUCUUCAGUCGAGUGGCCAGCUGGGAAUUCCGGCACAGACAAGAGGAACAUCGCCCCGAUUCACACGAAAUGCUCAGUACAGUGGCGAGUCUAGCGAACCAAUCCGCCCUUCAGCUCAUCAGUGAUAGGAAUAACGUGAACAAGGUUGAGCUCGAGAAAUUAAGACAGCUACGCCAUGGCAUUGAACGCUACCUCGGCCUUCAUACUGCACCUAGAGAAUCAAGUGUGCCUACUGACAGCAAGCAGCUUCCUAUUUCUGGGCAGACCAAAACCUCUAAAGCCCUUUUUAAUAAGCCACCUUGUUCCCACAAGCGAUACUCGGAACACCAGCAGGAAGCUGAUCUCGGAGAGCGGUUCGAUCCCGCCCGCAGACCCUCAACGCCCGUUGCUUGGGCCAUUGGCGGGACAUAUAAGAGACUCCUGAGAAACUCAACCACAAUCCGCACCACCAAAGUGCAGCACCCCGUAGCAAUACCACCUUGUUAUGCUUCUGGGAUGGAUUAUUGGCCUGGAAGCUUUUGGGAUGACAACCUCGGUUGCCAAGCCAGGGGCACACCGGUCUUGAACCUUGUCCCUCCCCCUGAGGACGACGAGGACGUCCACCUUGGAAAGCAGUGGGCCGACAUUUGGCCUAGACCACCUAUCUCACUCCACGACGCAUGCGACAAGUCUCUGCUGUAUGUAAACAGUUACGAGCGGUGUCAGAAGCGAAGCAAGCGGCAGGCCGCUUCAACUGACUUAUCAGCAUGUCCUACAGCAUCUGUGCCUCUCCACGUUGUGAACCAAGACAGCGGUGAUGGCAGCGGCGUUCAAGGCGACGAGGCUCAAAUCUUGGGAAAGGACCUCAUCGGCGUGGCGAACCCAACAGCAGCUUCUGACUAUAUUACCAGGGCAAAAGAGUAUCCGCCGUUGACCUACGACGGUGAAGAGUGGGGAGAUGAGCUGGUUGACUCUGCUCAUUAUCUAGGAACCGUGGAUGAGGAUUACCGCCAAACCACCUACUGCGACGACCCCACUUCGCUGGCAGUAAAGUGCGAUACAUACUUCAGCUACUAA